GUUUGGUUCCGUUUGCUUGGCGUGAACCGUAGCGGAACCGUCAUCCAUCGACGACUUCCGUCGCGCCCGAGGCACCCACAGCGAGGCGCCCGAAACAAUUGUCUGUCUCCAUGGCGGCAACGACGACGGCGACGUCGAGGCGGGCGCCGGCCGUCCUCCUCCUCCUCCUCCUCGCGGCGGCGUCCGCGGCUUCGGCCAGGGGCGACGGCAACGGCGUGUACGAGCCGUGCGCGGACGCGACGGUGAGCCGCGGCGACGGGUUCACCUUCGGGGUGGCCUUCGCGGGCCGCGACGCCUUCUUCUCCGGCGGCGUGCAGCUCUCGCCCUGCGACAGCCGCCUCAACCUUGCCGGCGCCGGCCCGCAGCUCGCGCUCUUCCGCCCCACCGUCGACGAGAUUUCGCUCCUCACCGUCAACGCUUCCGACCCCAAAGCCCUGACAUCUGCUGGUGGGUACAUGGUGGCCUUUGCCGGGAGGAAAUUCGCGGCAAGGUCGCCGCCCGUGUUCGUCGGCAACAGCUCGUACACAGUCACCGGCUUCACCCUGGUGUUCGAGUUCCACAAGGGCACGCUCCAGAACCUCUUCUGGAAGGCGGACGGCUGCUCGUCGUGCUCCGGGCAAGCCAACUUUGGGUGCGUCGAAAACAGCUGCGCGAUCAAGACGUCGAGCUGCAAGGGCAGCGGCGGCGGGCAGGUGGACUGCAGCCCCGGGAUCCAGCUCGCCUUCUCCGGCACCGACAAGCACGAGGCAGUGCUCAACUCGUGGUACGAGGUGUCCAAGCUGAAGCAGUACUCCCUCUUCGGGCUCUUCUCCAACCUCAAGGACUCACUUGCGGGGCAGUUCAGCAACUUCUUCUAGCAUGUCGUGCGUGCUCGGUCACGGUCAGUCCCCCCGGCCGUCUUCCUCCUCCUCGUGCAGCUUCAUAUUGCGUCGUCGCCCGUGUACUGUUUGUUGUCCCGUGCCGUGUAACGUUUGUGACCAACUGCUUUGUGUAUCGAUUAUCAGCUGCUACGUACACUCGUUAACUGUUAGGUAUAGAGACAAUGUAAGUUACGUACGAAACUAGUGUAUUUUUGUAAUGUAUAAUGGAAUUUGUGUAGUUUUGUGGUGGUAUGGACGAGAAAGUAGUUUGAAACUAGCGCAUUGUUUGACUGUUUAUGCAACUAUUGGUGAAAUGUUUUCAUGUCGGA